UUUAUUGUUGAUAACCUUAAGUGUGUAGCGGCUAGUCAGGGCCGGUUAACUGAACUAUCAGUCGCGCACCGGCCGUCCUCUGGACAACUAUAUUGUUGACAGACUCGUUUCGAAUUAAUGUAUAAUAUCUUGUUGUAACACCACUAGUGCCAAAUGAUGAAGAGCCUGUGCGAGGGAUCGGUUGUCAUCGUAUGCGUCCUCGUCGCCUCAUUGUCCAGCGCUGGCGGCCAGCGAUGUAAUGGCGGCACGAACUGCAUCCCCCUGAGCGACUGCACCGGCCUGUAUACCCUGUUGCAGAAGGGCAACACGCCCGCGCUGACGCAACUCCUGCGCAGCCUGCACUGCGGCUUCCAAGAUGGGAAUAUACCGAUGACAACAGAAUCAAGUACCGCACAAACCACUGAGUUAAGGAUGCGUGAUGCCGCCAGACUGCUGCCGAACUCCCGAAUAUGCGGGAUUCAGAACAAUGAUAGAAUAGUUGGAGGCACGCAAGCUGACAUCGAUGAACAUCCCUGGAUGGCCCUCAUCAGAUACGACAAACCUGUCGGAUCGGGCUUCUACUGCGGCGGAGUUCUCAUUUCUGCCAGAUACGUCCUCACCGCGGGGCACUGCGUCAAGGGCUCAGAUUUACCGCCAAACUGGAGGCUGUCACAAGUCCGUCUGGGUGAAUGGAAUACGUCGAGCGAAGUGGACUGUUUCCACGACGACUGCAGCGGGCCCGUGCAGGACAUUCCUGUGGAGGAGAUCAUUGCGCAAGAGGGCUACCAGGCUGAUGACCCGAACCAGCACAAUGACAUUGCUCUACUGCGGCUUGCGUACAACGCGCGGUUCAAUGACUUCGUGAAGCCGAUAUGUCUGCCGCUGACCAACGAGCUUAAGAACAGUUUCUUCGACGGUUACGACAUGGAAGUGGCUGGUUGGGGGAAGACAGAAACACUUGAGGACGAGCUUAGCUGGUCGCAGCCAUCUAGGCCUGGGUUGGCAGGCACCGAGUCGGACGUGAAGUUAAAAGUUCGCGUCCCCAUAGUAAACAUAAACCGCUGCGCCAACGUGUACGAGCGAGUGUCUCGGCAGAUAGACACCACGCAGAUCUGCGCGGGCGGCGUCGCGGGGCAGGACUCGUGCCGGGGAGACUCGGGCGGACCUCUCAUGGGGCAAGCAGCCACCGCCAAUAACUGGAUGGUUCUAGGAGUCGUGUCGUACGGGCCCUCGCCCUGCGGCACCCAGGGCUGGCCCGGAGUCUACACCCGCGUCGGCGCCUAUGUCGACUGGAUACUCUCCAAGUUACGUCCUUAGGUAACUCAAUAUACAAUUUGUUCGACUGAGAUUUUAAAUCAAUAUAAAAGCGGAAAGGCAUUAAUUUCGUGCAGUGUCACUUGAGAUUAAGUCAUAAGUGUUAAUGCCUUUAGACCUUAUUAUUAUCUGUGAGAUAAAAUAUAUUUCGACUUUAGCUAUACAUUGUUUUGCAUUGUAAGAGUUUAGUCACAAAUGAGUGCCAUCCAUGACAGUACAUCUUGCCACUGUAUUCUGUAGGUAUUUAAGAGUGUGUAUUGUGUCCUUACAAUAAACUGAAGAAUUCCUACUGCUUGGAAUAAAUAAAACAAUGUUAUGACUAUAAUAAAAUUUGUAUUAAGUAAAUAA